AUGAAAACAUCACUAAUAUUGAGUUUCUUGUUUAUAGUGGUAAACUGUUUACCAAAACCCGGAGCCCAGGAGUUUACGGGCAAACGAUGGGUAGUGCUGUGCGCGGGUGGAGCUGGGUGGAAUAAUUACCCAUUCCAGGCCAGCAUCUAUCACGCUUACCAUAUAUUCAUAAACCAUGGCAUACCGGCUGAUAAUAUAAUUGUAAUGCACCCUGAUGAUUUGGCAUCAAGCAAACACAAUCCCACUCCUGGCAUCGUGGUAAACCAAGUGAAUGGCACCGAUGUCUACCACGAUGUUCCCAAACAUUACAUCGGGGAUGAAGUAACACCAAAGAACUUUUUAGGAGUACUAAGAGGCGACCCGGAGCUAAAAGCUGCCGGAAAGCUAGUGGUCGAUAGCGGGCCCAACGAUCACAUAUUUAUAUUUUUCAUGGGCCAUGGUAGUGUUGAAUCUAUUGACUUUCCGAGGGGUACACUGUUUGCCAAGGACUUGAUCAACGAGCUGAAAGGAAUGCACCAUGCUCAACGAUACGCCAAACUAUUGUUUUACCUGGAGGCCAUCGAUUCAGGCUCGAUGUUUGAAAAACUACUACCCGCAGACAUUAAUGUUUAUGCGGUGACAUCAUCAAAACCUGACCAGGCUAGUUGGGCAUGCUGUUACGAUACGUCGCGCAAGGCUUAUGUGGGUGGACAUUUCAGCCAGCACUGGUACGCUGAUAAUGAGAUCAGUGACGUUAACAUCGAGACUAUCGAUCAACAAUUUUUAUAUAUUAGUUUGCAUAACAAGAUUGAUAUUCAAAAUAAUACGUUUGAAGAGGCUCAACAUUACGGCAAUUUAACGAUUGGUCAAUUGACAUUAUCGGAAUUUUUUGGACCCAAAAAACAAUCGUAUAACCCUCAAAUUACCCGGAUAUAUAAUGGACAAUGCAAAUAUGUGGACCAACGCGAUAUUGCUAUACAUUUAACCGAGCAGAAUAUCAUGCAGAGCAGGGAUAAUGUCGAAAAAUUACGUUACACACGAGAAUUGGGGCACAUAUUAAACGGCAGGCGAUACGCCGAUAAACACGUGAUCAGUUUGUUGGACGCCAUUAAACCGUUGACAGGUUUGUGGGCUACGGAUGCCCUCAGCGGCCGACACCAGCUUAAUAACCGAGAUUGUUAUAAAAAGUUUGUCGAGACCUUUAGCGAUAGGUGUUUUAACUUGAGCAAGAAUCCUUAUUUAUAUGGAAAACUGAACGCUUUUGUUAACGUUUGCGAGUCGUUGACCGACACUACCGGUGAAGAGUUGGCACUCAAUCUAAUGACCCGUUAUUCGGUUAACGCCGUACCCAAACCCGAGGCCAAGGAGUUUACUGGCAAACGAUGGGCCGUACUGUGCGCUGCGGCCGGUGGUUAUGGCAUUAAUUAUGCUUUUCCGGCCAGUGUAUACCACGCUUAUCACUUGCUAUUGAACCAUGGUAUUCCGGAGGAAAACAUCAUCGUAAUGCAUCUUGAUGACUUGGCCUAUAAUAAACAAAAUCCCACCCCUGGUAUUGUGGUGAACCAGGUGAAUGGCAGCGAUGUCUACCAUGGUGUGCCCAAACAUUACAUCGGGGCCGAAGUUACUCCAAAGAACUUUUUGGGAGUACUCAGAGGUGACCCAGAGUUAAAAGCUGCCGGAAAGAAGGUUAUCGAGAGUGGUCCCGAUGAUCAUGUGUUUGCUUUCCUGUUUGAUCACGGUGGAGCAGAGACCGUAUACUUUACCCAUGGUCAGCUGUUUGCCAACGAUUUGAAAAAGGAGCUUGUCCAGAUGCACCAGGAUAAGAAAUACGCUAAAAUGUUGUUUUAUAUCGAGGCGUGCGAAGCGGGCUCCAUGUUUAACAACAUUCUACCUGAUAACAUUAACGUAUACGGUGCUACAUCAUCUAAACCCAACGAGCUCAGCUAUCCCUGUUGUCACGAUCCCGUGCGAAAAGUUGGUGUUGGUGGACUGUUUAGCGAUGCUUGGUACAAAGAUAGUGAGACCAAGGACUUAAACACCGAGGUGGUCGAGACCCAGUUUGCUUUCAUUGCCAAGGAGAUUGCCAAAACCGAACAUCCGCAACACUAUGGUGAUUUGUCUAUUGGCAAAAUGUCCCUGGCUGAGUUUUUCGGUCCGAAAAAGGUGAUUGAUCAUCCAGUGGUUGCCCAGACAAAUGCCAAACAAUGCGAGAUGGUAAAUCAGCGUGAAAUGGCAAUAUGGUUGGCCGAGAAAAACAUCCAGACAUCCACCGAUGUUAAAGAGAAAUUACACUAUACACAAGAGUUGGAGCGUAUUUUGAAUGGCAGACAAUACGCGGACAAACAGUUAAACGGUUUGUUAGAAACAUUGAAACCGUUGACCGGUUUGGAGGCCACCGAUGCCCUCAACACCCGUCGGGAGAUUCAUAACCGCGAGUGUUAUUACAAGUUUGUCCAGACAUUUGGAGAGAAAUGUUAUGAUUUCAAUAACAAUCAAUACUUUAUGGGAAAAAUGCACGCAUUUAUUAACGUUUGCGAAUCACUGCCUGAAACCAGUGCCGCCACCGACAGUGCCAUUCAGCUUAUGGUACAAUACUGUCAACAAAACGCUAAUUCAGAUUUGAAUAUAUUGUAAAUUCUGUUAUAUCGAAAUGUUUUAAUAAAAAGCAAUAUAAUUAAAA